AUGACCAGGAAAUCGGAAGAAGUGUCACUUGAGAUAAAGCAUGCCACUAAUUUUCCUGAGAACAAACUCCACAAUGGGGAAAAUCUCAGCAAGCACAAUAAAAUGCACAGUUGUCAGCAGACUUUUGAACGCAACAGGAAAGAAAAAAGUUUGAGCAGGAAGAAGAUAUUCCUUAUGUAUGAGAAAGUUUAUACCAAUGACCCAAGAAAUAAGCAACCUGUCAAUGUGGCAGAAUCAAUUCAGGUUAAAAAGAAAAUGUUGCAUAAUAAUCCUGACUUUACUAAACAUCGGAAAACACAAUCACGAGAGAAACUCCAUGAGCAUUUCCAGAGUGAGAAAUCUCUGAUUUAUAAAAGAGAUGUCAAAGUCAAUCAGAUAACCCAAACAGCAAAAAAUCACUAUAUAUGUGGCUGUUGUAAAAAGCCUUUUAACUGUAAAUCUUGCAUUACCAGCAAACAGAGAACUGGCACUGGAUCAAAUUUCUAUGUGUGCAAUGAAUGUAAGGAAAACUUUGAGCCAAAGUCGGAACUCAUGGGAGAUCAGAUCCUUGACACUGCAGAGACACCAUAUGAAUGUAAUGAUCAUGGAAAAGUCUUUCAGCAGCGAUUAUCUCUCAUUAGGGAUCAAAGAAUUCAUGACGGAGGAAAACCUUAUGAAUGUACAGAGUGUGCAAAAACUUUUCAUUACAAGUCAGCCCUAAUCAUACAUGAGAGAAUCUACAAUGAAGAAAAACCUUAUGAAUGUAGGCAGUGUGGUAGAGCCUUUAGUGAUCCCUCAGGUCUACUUUUACAUCAGAAAAUCCACACCAGGGAAAAACCUUAUGAAUGUAGUGAGUGUGGAAAAGCAUUUAAGGUGAAGUCAUACUUAAUCAUACAUCAGAGAAUCCACACCGGGGAAAAACCUUAUGAAUGUAGUGAGUGCGGAAAAGCUUUUUCUCGGAAGUCGCACGUAAUCCAACAUCAAAGAAUCCACACAGGGGAAAAACCUUAUGAAUGUAGCCAAUGUGGAAAAGCUUUUUCUCGGAAGUCUCACGUAAUCAGACAUCAGAGAAAACACACAGGGGAAAAGCCUUAUGAAUGUAGGCAGUGUGGAAAGGCCUUUACCAAGCAAUCAGGUCUCAUUAGACAUCAGAGAAUCCACACAGGGGAAAAGCCUUAUGAAUGUAGGCAGUGUGGAAAGGCCUUUACCAAGCAGUCAGGUCUCAUUACACAUCACAGAAUCCACACUGGGGAAAAACCAUAUGAAUGUAGUGAGUGUGGAAAAGCCUUUUCCGACCAGGCAUGUGUCAUUAGACAUCAAAGAAUCCACACAGGGGAAAAGCCUUACAAAUGUAGCCAGUGUGGAAGAGCCUUUAGUGAACACUCAGGUCUUGUUAGACAUUGGAGAAUACAUACAGGAGAAAAGCCUUACGAAUGUAAGGAGUGUGGAAAAGCAUUCAAGUUAAAGUCAUCCCUAAACAUACAUCAGAGAAUCCACACUGGAGAAAAACCUUAUGAAUGUAGCCAGUGUGCAAAAGCAUUUAGGUUGAAGUCAUCCCUAAACCUACAUCAGAGAAUCCACACAGGGGAAAAACCAUAUGAAUGUAGCCAGUGUGGAAAAGCCUUUAGGCUGAAGGAAUCCCUAAACGUACAUCAGAGAAUCCACACUGGGGAAAAACCGUAUGAAUGCAGCCAGUGUGGAAAAGCUUUUUCUCAGAAGUCACACGUAAUCACACAUCAGAGAAUCCACUCCCGGGAAAACUUUUUUCUCAAAAGUCACACAUAA